AUGGGUGACGCAACUACCACUCCGGCUAAGCCCUCGUUCCACCCGGCCCUCGCGGUCUCCAAUAUCAAGAAUCACAUCUCUGUUACUCUUGAGAUGGAGAACUCACAAUACGGAACAUGGGCCGAGAUUUUCAAAAUUCAUGCUCGUUCUCACAAGGUCCUUCAUCACAUCAUUCCUCCACCCAAAGGUAAGGAGAAGCCGGCUCCCAAAACUGAUGAAGAAGUCGAAUUAUGGACGACCAUUGAUGCCACCGUGCUUCAAUGGAUAUAUUCGACAAUUUCGAAUGAUCUGUUAAACACCAUCAUCGAACCAGACGCUACUGCCAUGGACGCUUGGGUUCGUUUGCGUGAUAUAUUCCAAGAUCAUCAAACCUCUCGUGCGGUGACUCUCGAACAAGAAUUCACGACGACUCGUAUGGAGGAUUUUCCCAAUGCCUCCGCCUAUUGUCAACGACUAAAGAGCCUUGCGGAUCAACUGAAAAACAUCGGAGCUCCCGUGACGAAUAGCCGCCUUGUCCUUCAACUGGUUUCGGGUCUCACUGAAGCGUACAAAGGGGUUGGGACACAAAUUCGCCAUGCAAAGCCGCUCCCCCCAUUCACAGAGGCUCGGUAUUCCCUUGUUUUGGAAGAACGUGAACUUGCAGCAAUGGUGUCUCACGGGUCUGGUUUGGCUAUGGUAGCCACGGUCGACGACGUGCCAUUGCCCUCAAACAACACAAGCUCUCGCCGAGGGAAACCAAAAAAUUCCCGCGGCCAAAAUUCUAGAACUGGCUGUAAGGGAGGCUCUGGCCGCGGCUUAAGCGGCGGAAAAUUCACCGGCGGAUGCGGUGGUUCAGCCCGUAGCAGCAGCGGUCAGCAGCCAGCGGGCUCCCCUUUGCAGCAGUGGACAGCCGGCCAGUUUGAUCACUGGAAGUGGGUCCCGCAUCUACGCUGGGCUGCUCCUCUCCCCUGCCCGUACCUGACGACUUUUUGGGCUCGUCCCCCGUUUGUCCCGCCAAGGCAGCAGGGUAUAUUAGGCCCUCCUCCAGCCCAGUAG